AUGAGCAAAAUGUGGGAGGUAGACCCGGAGACGCGGAGCAAGUUGCUGGAAAUUCAGAAGACAAACGACAACAACAAGUGCGUCGACUGCAAUGCGCCGAGUCCACAAUGGGCCUCGCCCAAGCUUGGAAUCUUCAUGUGUCUGUCUUGCUCUGGUGUUCACCGCGGCCUUGGUGUCCACAUCUCCUUCAUUCGCAGCAUAACCAUGGACGCCUUCAAGGGCGCUGAGCUUGCGCGCAUGGCUGCCGGUGGCAACAAACCUUUCCAAGACUUCUUCAACGCGCACCCGUCGAACACGAAAGACAACAGAACGUUUGAGGCUUCGUCCAUACAAGAGCGGUACGAUUCGGAGGCUGGCGACGAGUGGAAGGAGAGGUUGAGUUGCAAGGUCGAGGACAGGGAGUUUGACAAGAGCAAUCUACCCAAACGACUGCCGAAGAAGGAGAACGCUAGCACUGGUGGCCCGUUGAGCGGUCACGCCAGCGCAGCUGGGAGUAGAAGUCAAACACCACUCGGCAAGACACGCAGUAACGACUCCGGAUUCCAACGCUCUGGAUCGCCAGCUAUUGGCACCAAUGCCAUGUCAUCACAGAAGUCGAAGAACGAGGCUUAUUUCUCGCGUAUGGGAGCCGAGAACGCAAACAGGAGAGACGACGUAGCGCCUAACCAGGGUGGAAAAUACGCCGGGUUUGGCAGCGAGCCGGAAGCUUGGAAGAACAACGACGAGCCAGGUGCGCCGCCUGAGAUCGCCGACUUUCAGAAAGAUCCUGUUGCAGCACUCACAAAGGGCUUCGGUUGGCUAGGCGCGAGUGUGAGUAAGGUGGGCAAGACCGGAUAUGAGGGCUGGGUCAAGCCCGGCAUGCAGAAGCUUGCCGAAGCAGAUAUUGCCUCUCAGGCCCAGAAGACCGCUGGCUUGAUGGGCCAGACCAUCCAGGCCUCCGCCGCAAACGCUGGCACUGCGUUUAACCGCCUCGUUGAGGGCGAAUCCUCAGGUACUACACGUCGUGGCGUCGAGCCAGCGAAGAAAGACUUCUGGGACGAUUUUGGUGCGGCGCCCAAGGGCCCCAGCAGCGACAAGCGAGACUUCUGGGAUGAGUUUGCGGGCGCUGGUGAAGCCAGGACAGAUGCUACAACUGGCUUAGGGCAGAAACCAAAGCCGUCAGGCAUUGGCACCAGCGCAAUGAAGAAGAGCAGUGCUUCAGGGCCAGCAGCUGGUAAGAAAGACGACAAGUGGGAGGACUGGUAG